UCUCUCUCUCUCUCAGUGCAUGGACUUCAUCCUAGGUGUACCAUUAGAAGAGCAGCGUUCCAGUUUCUCCCCGUCUCUCUCUCUCUCUCUCUGACUGCGUUCACUUCCUUACUUUCACCCCUCCCUCCCUCUCGCGCGCUCUCCUCCUCUAACAUCCUCGAUCUCUCAGCAGCAGCAGUUUGUGUCCUGAGAGAACUGGCACCAAACUGACGCAUCCAUGGGGCGCGCGCAGCAUCUUUAUUUCACCACGUUACAAUUUGAAGUCAUAUAGGGGAAUAUUCACGUCAACGCAGCAAAUACACUAUAGUCGUUUGGCGUUUCAUCUUCCGGCUUAAAACUCUAAGUCGCACCAUAUCUGUCUGUGUUUGUGACAUUUGUAGCUGUGUUGGGCUGUGAUGAUGGAUGGGGAUGCGUGUGUUCGCGUGUGGACUCGACCGCUGCAAGUGAUGCUCCAGCAGAAGAAGAUCAAAGCGCGGAGGAAAAAGCGUAAGGAGUUGUUCGGAGGACAGAUGUGCUUCGUGGGGCUGCUGCUGCUGGCGGUGUCCGGCUUGUCCAGUUUGGCCGAGAAUUCCGGUUAUGGCAUCUCCAGUCUCUCAGCUGAAGAUAGUGAGAGGUGGGAAAGCCGCAGGCUGCUGCAGGACUUUGACAUUGACAGCAACUACACUGAUGAAGGGCAGGUUGGGCCCAAUGCUGAAAAGAACUGCACACCACCUGGUAUACAUGAGUUCCCUGAAGAUAUCUUCACCAACCAGGAGCGAAUGGAGGGGGCUGUAGCCUUGCAUGUUCUGUGUGCCAUGUAUAUGUUUUACGCACUGGCACUGGUUUGUGAUGACUACUUUGUGCCCUCUCUGGAGAAGAUCUGUGAGCGCCUCCAUCUCAGCGAGGAUGUAGCAGGAGCCACGUUCAUGGCAGCAGGAAGUUCAGCUCCUGAACUCUUCACCUCUGUCAUAGGUGUAUUUAUCACCAAAGGAGAUGUGGGAGUGGGCACAAUCGUGGGUUCUGCCGUCUUCAAUAUCCUCUGCAUCAUCGGAGUGUGUGGGAUCUUUACUGCACAGGCAGUACAGCUCUCGUGUUGGACGUUAAUGAGAGACUCGGUGUACUACACUAUCUCAGUGACCGCUCUGAUCGUGUUCAUCUAUGAUGAGAAGGUGACAUGGUGGGAAUCGCUCAUCCUAGUUGUACUGUACAUAUUUUACAUUAUAUUAAUGAAAUUUAACUCGCGGGUGGUUCAUUACAUCGAGCGGCGGAAAAAGAACUCGGCAAAUCUGGGUAAUGGCACAGCCAGUAACACAGACAUCGACGAUGGGUGCGAUGCCACUGUCGUGCUGCUUAAGAAAGCAAAUUUCCACAGGAAGCCAUCAGUGCUGAUGGUGGACGAACUCUUGUCUGCAUACCCUCAUCAGCUGUCCUUCUCUGAGGCCGGAAUGAGAAUCAUGAUCACUAGCCACUUCUCUCCUCGCACACGCCUCACGAUGGCCUCCAGAAUGCUUAUUACAGAGAGGCAGCGUCUGAUAAACAGUCGUUUCAGUAACGGGGACUCAGAGGUGACGGUAAAGAUCCCAGGAAAGCGUGGGGUGGAGAAUGGGCUGGCAGGACCGGACCGAGGCCUGAACGGGCGAAAGGGAGGUCACCAUGAUGACGACAGGGGAGGAGCUGAAGCCGGCACUGACACCGAAAACGAGAACGAGGACAAUGAAAACAAUGAGAACGAUGAGGAGGAAGAGGAGGAAGAUGACAACGAAGGACCCUAUGUACCAUACCGCUGCCCCGGUGGGGUCUGUAAUAAGCUAAAGUGGCUGCUGGCCUGGCCACUGAGUCUGCUGCUGUUCUUCACCGUGCCCAACUGUUCCACGCCUCGCUGGGAGCGCUGGUAUAUGGCCUCGUUUGUCAUCUCCACCCUCUGGAUUGCUUCCUUCUCUUACAUCAUGGUUUGGAUGGUCACAGUGAUCGGUUACACUAUGGGCAUCCCUGAUGUCAUCAUGGGCAUCACUUUCUUGGCUGCUGGCACCAGCGUUCCUGACUGUUUGGCCAGUUUAAUUGUCGCACGGCAAGGAAUGGGUGACAUGGCUGUGUCUAACUCCAUUGGUAGUAAUGUGUUUGAUAUCCUGAUUGGGCUUGGUCUGCCCUGGGCCCUCCAGACUUUGGCCAUCGACUAUGGCUCCACAAUUCACCUGAACAGUAAAGGCCUGAUUUUCUCAGUUGGGCUGCUGCUAGCAUCUGUGUUUCUCACGGUACUCGGUGUACAUUUGAACAAGUGGAAGCUGGACAAGCGUUUGGGUUUCAUCUGUUUGCUGAUGUACUCUGUCUUCCUGUGUUUCUCCAUCCUCAUCGAGUUUAACGUAUUCACCUUCGUCAAUCUACCCACCUGCCGUGAGGAAUGA